UAUGAAAAUGCAAGUUAUCGCAUGGUACGAGAUACAUUACAUCGACGUAAACUAUAAGAUAACACGACAGAGGAGAGGAAUUGAGGAAAGAACAAAUAAAUUACUGUACAAAUAGAAAAAUAAGGCCGUGUUUCAUAAUUCUCCCUACAGUACUCGCGUUGUGGCGUACGUCAUUUCUUAUAUGAAAAGGAAAAAUAUAAGUGAGAAAGUCAUAUAAGAUGGUAUGUAUAUAUUAUAUACAAGAGAGUCUGCAGUAGCCCUGAGAAAAAUUGGAAAAAGCUCGCUGGAAGAGCGACGAUCGCUUUAUAAUUAUUAAAUUUUGCUUUUCUCCUUUUAAUCAAUAAAAAUAAUUCAUUUUCGUUUAUUGCAGGCGCGUUUGACGACGGACGUUUGAUGAGAGCAAGCUGAUCAAAGCUGACUGACAAUGAGAAUGAAAUGAGGUAAAAGGAAAUUAGCGAAUAACGUACGGCUAUUAUGUGAAUACUCUUGAGGACGGUGAGAUCAAAGAGACGCGAAUAAGACGCGAAGGAACGAGAACAUGCAAUGGUGAAUGUUGGGCUCUUAUGCGUAUCUUGCGUCGAUUUGCGCGAUUCGACUUUAUUCAGAGUCACUUAAUUGUGAUUGUUAGCAAGCGCCGAAUCAUCGCGGUCAGGUGCGCCGCGACAAAAUGUGACCUGCAAUUCCUGCGAAUUAACUUCCCUCCUCGACUAUUGGCCCGCGUUGUUCACGUACGUUGUUCAUUGUUGUUGGACUGGCCUUUAUACGGUUCCAUAACAGAAUGCUACUUCCACAUAUGAAACCAAGGCAUGCAUAAAAACGUCUUCCUCGAACGUUUCUUCAAAUAGCACUAGCAAGAUGGAGACUUCGAUACGGGAAAGAAUUCUCAGCUUUGCUGAUGUUGUAAUGAGAGUGCCACCUUUAUUUAUUAUUGACGAGUUACUUAGAAUUGGCCUUGGUUUACCUAACGACAAUAUCGUGCUGAAAAGUAAUGAAUAUGACUUUAAAACUACUAAUUUAUCGGGCAUCGCUAAUUCCAUCUCUGCAGUCACGACAGAUUCGUUUCUAAUGGAGCAGUUUGAUUGGACUCAUCUUGUUUACAAGGCUUAUCUGAUAAUCAUGUUUAAAUUUUUAUGCUGUUGUGUAGGUUUUCUUGCAGCCUUAUACACGUUCAUGUUAUGUACUAGACAUUUGAUGAUCGUCUACCUAUAUUUAAUAUCUGUAGGAGUGAUAUUUGUAUCGUAUUGGUCAAAUGUUAGUACAAUAAAAGCGAUUAUAGCUUACAUGAGUGUCCACGAAUCAACAACUAGUAUACUUGACAAUAUAUUAUGUCUGAAUCUAUCAGACGUUCUCUAUAAUGGUCCGGGUUUCCUGAUUAUUCAGAAUUAUAUACUACAAUGCCUGCUAGCCAGUAUCUUUUGUUACAUACAUCUUGCCCCAAGACAUCCAGUGGUUCAAAAGCUUCUUGUGCUGAGCUUUAUGUCACCAUCCAUCGUGGGUAUCCAUCCUUUACCGAUGCAAUAUCUGUAUCACGCACCAGUGUGCGCAACGUUAAUCCCGCUGGCUGUAUGUAAAUUUGUCAUCUGGUACAAUGGGGUCUCCAUGUUAAGAACUAUCUACAUGGGCUAUCGACAUGCACGCAAUUUUAUAAUCAAUUACGGCUUAUCCGCUCUCGCGGAAACAGAAUGGAUGCGCCUGAACGUGCCGUGCGUACUUCGCACGUUUUGGAUGCUACGAGUGGGAGAGCAAAUCGUUCAGAUCCUCGGGAAUCACUACGGCGAGGAAACAUUUAAUUAUUACGUCAUGAUGAGAACGUUGCUGGUAAAUGGAUGCGAGACAUUGACAGCUGUUCUCGGUAUGACCAGCAUAAUCUCGUUUAUUUGCCACUAUAUCGGCUGCUUCUUCCAAUGGGUAUUAUUGACCGAAGACGAAGAUGAGAAGAGUAUUGGCACGGUUUCCGCUAUACUAUUCUACAUUCUUGCCCUGCAGACCGGAUUGACGAGUCUCGAUAGAGAGAAGCGUCUAGUACGGCUAUAUCGUAAUUUUUGCCUAUUAUUUACCGCGAUUUUACACUUUGUCCACAAUAUAGUGAAUCCACUAUUGAUGUCACUUAGUGCUUCUCAUAACCCGGCGCUACAUAGACAUUUACGUGCUUUGGCGGUCUGUGCUUUUCUAAUAUUUUUCCCGGUAUCGUUACUCAUAUUCCUCUGGUCCCACUUUACAGUGAGUACGUGGUUAUUGGCUGUAUCGGUCUUCAGCAUCGAGGUAAUAGUCAAAGUACUAGUCUCGCUGGCGAUUUACUCACUGUUUCUCAUCGACGCGUAUAGAAGCGCCUUCUGGGAACAAUUUGACGAUUGCGUGUACAUAAUAAGGUCAUUUGGCAAUACUGUGGAAUUCGCUUUUGGUAUCAUAUUGUUUUUCAACGGCUUCUGGAUAUUGAUCUUUGAGUCUGGUGGAGCUAUUCGCUCCAUCAUGAUGUGCAUACAUGCCUACUUUAAUAUCUGGUGUGAAGCGAAGGCUGGAUGGAGCGUUUUUAUGAAACGCCUGACCGCUGUCAACAAGAUUAAUUCUUUACCGGAAGCAAAUGCCGAACAACUGCAACGAUUGGACGAUGUUUGCGCGAUUUGCUAUCAGGAGAUGCAAAGCGCCAAGAUCACCCAAUGCAAUCAUUAUUUCCACGGUGUAUGCUUACGAAAAUGGUUAUACGUUCAAGACCGAUGUCCCCUUUGCCACGAUAUACUGUAUAAAGUUGAAAACGUGCAGAACCGAGCUCUCGUUGAGGGUGGGAACGGCGGGAAUGAUAUUGAAGAUGGCACGGUUGUGUAAAUUUCGUAUAGAAUUCGAAUUUGUUAGGCAAUCUCUUGGGCUGACAAUGAGACGGUUAGGUUGGCCGAGUGGAUGUUCGGAUGAAGGCAGAUGGCAGAAAUGACGUGGCUUUUCACGCGUAUUUUGUGAUAUGACAUAUAGGUAGAUACUAAUUUUUUUUAACUUAGUUAUGAUCGCGAAGCAUCGACGUCUGAAUGAAAUCUCGCUCGAAAAUUUCGCUCGUUUGUAUCGUAUAUUACUCCAAUUUGAUAAUAUCGGAAAGCAUUAUAAAUACUUAUAUACGCGUAAUUAUCCUGUAAGAAUUCGAAUUUUUUUUCAACUUGUAAAAUCUUGUAAAUAAGCAAGCCGCAACAAUUAUUCUUAGAAAGAAAAAAAAAACAUUCGAGAGACAUGCGAUGAUUGUCUUAUAAUAAGAAAGUAUUUGGCGUACAGUUUCAAAACUUUGGCUCUUUGCCAUUUCGAUAGAUGUCCACUGUUAAAUGUAUUUUUGGAUCGUCGUUAUGCUACAAUCGUCGUAUAUAGCGUGACGCAAUGGUAUACAUAUAAGCUUCCAUGUAUUGUACAUGCCAUGUGCUUCCAUUUCUUUAAUGAUGAAUCAUGAUAUACCGUCAUAUGACAUAUUUCUAUCAAAUUAAGUGAGAGAGGGGGCGGCGAGAAUUAGAAAAAUAAGAGAAAGAAAGUGGGGGGGGGAGGGGAGAGACACUGUUAAGAUUUAUUCUAUAUGAAAACUUUAAUGACAAAGUUGUGGCUAAAACUUUAAUUUUACGACACAUUUUAUGAUACUUUUCAUUAUAAUUAGUACGAAAUAAUGGUUUGUUUUGUAUAUUCAAGUGCUGGCUAAUAUCGUUGAGUAUACGUUGCUAUAAAGAUGAUUGUGGCGAAUUAUUUCUCUUUAAAUUCUUCUCUUUCGAAUAGGUGAUAAUUUUCGUCUCUACUAAAUCUAUUGUAAUUGACUGUAAUUGAUUGCAAAUAAAAUUCUAUUAAAUCGUUUCUCAA